AUGAUGAAGCUCUACCUCAAGUACUAUCAAAUAGCUCAUGAGCCUGUAAUUGACUGUCCUCACCAACCAAGUUCUCUACACUAUCUAGAUGUCCCCUUGGAAAGCUACAUCGUAUUAGUGUUAUAUCGCUAUCUAGAAAUUGAGCAAUCGAACGUUGUGGUACAUUUUGUGCAAUGCAAAGCAACUUCAAACGUUUUACGUGUAGCAUUUCCUAGUUCGAAACUGCAUCAGUCAGUAUUUUUCACUGACGACAAGCCGUUUCCGAACGAUCCGGCUCUGUUUUGCCAGUUGCCCUCGAUCUCCGUCGAGCGAAUCGGUACGAUCGUGUCCGGACUCUGCGGUGUAUGUCGUCGUUUAACGAAGGAGCACAUUUUGGCAUCGGCAGGAUCUAAAGUAUUGCUAGGUUUUAAGGGAAAUACGCUAGUAGCACCUGCGGAUGCCUCCCUCUGGACAAAGUUUUGUGAAGUCGAUAUAAUACGGUGCGUGGAAGAAUUGCUAACAUUCGGUGCAAAAGACACACUUCCGAUUGAGCUGGGGCAGUUUGAAAGCCAUCUACUGCAACCGUUGAAAUCGCACAACAUUUACAAACUGAUCAAUCUUGUCAACAAUGUGCGGAUAUCCUCGGACGAAGAACAUCGGAAGUUGGAAGGCGUUGAUCAGCGGUUUGAUUUCCACGCUAACCACAAGUUUGCGGAAGGAUACGAGAAAACACUAGCCGACCUAAUACUGUUUAUAUGUUUCGACGUGAUUCAUCGCCGACUAACGAAGGAUUUUUUGCGCGCAAAGUUGCCUAACAUAAGCGAUUGGCUGAAGCGCGUUGCCAAAGACGACGAUGGUAAACUGAAUCGAGUGUGCAACGAAGUGAUGCCUACUGUGACUGAUGAUUCCGCACUACGUCCGAUACCUUGCUCAAUAAUGACUGCACAGCAGAUUAUCGUUCCGCAGGAAUUUAGUCUGUACAAAUCGGACACAAAAAAGCUAAAUCUAAAGGGAGAUCAAAUAUUAACGACAAACCAAACCGAGGUGCUAGAGAUUCUUCGUAAAGUAAGUCGUAUUCCUACCGACAUUGGCAGCACGGUAAACGAUUGGCAGUCAAAUCUAUUCAACUGGGACACGGUGCCGAUGGAUGCCAGACCAGAAGGAGGAAAGCUGCCACCCGCUCGCGUACUCCGAAAGCGCCAUCAGUUGGAAAGUUUAGUGAAUGAAGUAGUGCAGCUGGCCAACGAUGGGACAAAAACUAUUGUAGACUUUUGCUCCGGAACCGGACACCUCGGUAUACUGCUUGCGUACCUUUUGCCGCACUGCACGGUUUAUUUGUUAGAAAACAAAGAAGAAUCACAACAACGUGCAAUGGAACGCGUAGAGCGGCUUGCCCUGCGCAAUGUUGUGUUUUUUCAGUGCAACUUGGAUUACUUUACGGCUCGCUUUGAUAUCGGCGUAUCGUUGCAUGCUUGUGGCGUGGCAACUGACAUCGUGCUGGAGAAAUGCUUCGCACAGCGAGCACACUUUGUUAGCUGUCCCUGCUGUUACGGGAAGCUGUACAAUAUCGAACAGGUGACCUACCCAAGAAGCACUCUUUUCCGUGAGUCCGAGUUGCUGUUGAAAGAAUACUUUUGCAUUGCGCACUGUGCCGACCAAACACAUGAUCUGGCAAGUGAUAGGACGAAUGUGGCGAAAUCUCUCCAGGGGUUUUACUGCAUGGAUGUGAUCGAUCGUGACCGAGCACUGCGUGCCGAAGAGCUUGGAUAUGGUGUACUGCGAAAGCGUCUGAAGGAUGAAACCUGCACACCGAAGAACCGGCUGUUGAUUGGCAUCUAUGGCGGGUGAGGGAACAUGUGAUUGGUUAUGGACUGUACGGUACGUUAGUGAAACAAAUAAAGCGUUUGAAUAGAGAA